GGUAAAGGGCUAGUCCAGCAUUCAAUAGCGUAGCAAGAAAAAAUCAAUUCAUCGAUUGACAUGUCAAUAGUUUAUCUGCUUGUGCUCACUCAGGCGUAGCUGACGGCCAGAUCACACUGCAAUCAGUACCCGCCAUGUCCCCUUUCCCUACAACUCUGUUGUCAGUGGUUCCAAACCCUUUAUCUCACCGUUACGCUUUUUAUUUCUCCUUUCUUUCUUUCUUUUUUUUUUCUUCUUCUGUUAUUCUAAUUCAUUCAUUCAAGAGCUUUUCAGAAGUAGAAUCUAUAUAAUUUUAUAUAAAGAAGAAGCAAGCAGAACUCCGAAAACACCUCGCAGAGAAAUUAGAUUUUUAUGUGGCUGGAAUGUUCUAUCUAGAAAUAUUCGUUGGAUAUCAAAUAUACAAGAACAACAUUUGUUAGAUAGAACAGUAACAAGAAGAGAAGAUUGGAUAACGAUAUGUAAUAUAAAUGUCAAUCGUAUUCAUUCGUACGGAAUCAAGUGCCAGUGACUCGAGUGAUCGGUGUGGAAGUCUAUGUGUACGAUCAAGGAGUGAGGCGUAUCAUCGGAUAUCUGUUUCCGACCUUGUGUCACGGUGAUACUGAAAACAGAAAACUACCAUAGUUUUUCCUGAAGACAACUCCUGAAAAGGAACUAUUACCUGGGAACACUUUUGGUGUUGCCUCUCGUGACACCUGCUCGUUUUACACCGCGGGAGACCAUCAAUCCGUGCGGCGGCUUCAAAAUAGAGGUGCUCUCUGGAGGCACACGAGAGACAGGACUCCCCGCGGUUGUCAGCGCCCACUUUUAACAGACAAUAGAAACUCCCCCGUCCAUUAUUUCGCCUUGUUUGGAUUUCCUGUGAGGGGUUAGCGUACUGUCAAAUCGACACGACGUUUAAUUGCUUGAUCAACUCAGAGCAAAACAAAAGUCAAGUUGACAUUUCAAACUAAAGUUAAACACAAUUUGGUUUUUUAAAGAACCCUUUCUACUAAACGCCAUUUAGUUUGAAUAAUUUUAGAGUUGAAUAUAUUUCCACCAGUGAAGUUUUUCUUCAGUUCAUAGCACACACAAAAAUUGCAUUUUGUGUUUCUUCAGCCGGCAAACAAAAACUAUUUCUAAAAGUGCGUCAUUGGAGACUUCAUCAUGGCGGCGUCGGAGUCAGAAGACAACCAACGACAGGAUCCCAAAACUUGACUUUUUCAUCAAUUGAUUGAGAAUCAAGAAUGUGACGGCAUACAUUCCAGACUUAAUUCUCAUUUGAAAACAGCCACCGUGUCAAAACUGUUUAGAACAAAUAAAAGAAAUACAUGCAUUUCGAUAUGUGUGAGUAGGUUACAAGAUGCAGUCUGGAGUUUGUAGUGGACACAAUUGACCUUGGCUCGACUCAAAGGCAUCAUGUCAUAGUACCACAUUGUUUAUGGUUGUUGCUGGUUGCAUGUGUGUGUUUACUUCCUGGCAUAUCUUCAUAUGACUCGCACUUUCAAGUGAACUCUCUCUGGCCUAUGUCGACUGCACGUGUGAGAUUAGCAGAGCCCCCGGCGGACGAUAAUUGCAUUCGAUUAUAGCAAACUGACACAGGAUUAACUCCCCUUUACACACCCUGUAAUUCUGAUACACGGGUUGUGGUUCUUUGUUUUUGCUCCCCGCCUCCCCUCUUCCUAAGUGUAUCACUCACAGUGACCUUAGAACGCUCUGAACUAAGUUUUAGAAACACUGCAUAUUGCCUGAUAGUCUAGACGUAAAGAUGCUAAAUCUGGGCAUAGCUUUGUUACAGCCUAGCGACAAAAUAGAAUUUUAAUGUAACAAACGAGAAUUUCAAAUACUUCAAAAGUCUGGAUAAGUUGUGUAUAUAUUUGGAGAGCUCGGACGGAUCCUGUAGACUUCUUUCUUCCGGAAAUCGAACAUGCCAAUGAGAGGAUGUUGUUAUAGAAAGAUUAAAUCUACCUGAUCAAUAACCGCCCAGUUAUCGAUCUGUCCAGACUUGAGAAAGGGUUCCAAAAGAGCGGCCGAACACACUGAACUGGUCUAGCCCAUUCAGUACCAACUUGAUAUUGAAAGGACUGCCACGGAACGGCUUUUAUUCUGCAUGCUAACAAAAACAACUUUCAAGCAAAUCUUUUUUUAUUAAAUGCUUCAGCAGAAAAUUUAAGGUUUGGAUAUUUCCUAAAUGCUCCUUGUGGAAAUAACUAAAAACUGAUUUUAACCUCGUUGCAAUAAUAGAUAAAUGAAUCUAUUACUUGGAUAUAUAACCUAAAUAUCUCAACACAAACAAAGUAAAACAAACAAAUACAAUAAAAUUCAGCAACAUGAAUACUCUAUUUUUGAGUUGAAAUGCAAAGAUCUUAAGACUUGGAUACAAGAGAAAAAAUAUAUAUAAUAGAAGUUCAGAGAGUUUCAAGUUCUGAGAUUAUAUUCUAGAUACGAAACUGCUCAAGUGGAUAGAGACACUAUUCUCCUCACUUUGAUAGGUGGGUACGUUUCAGAGCUGACUAAAACAGUUUUACAUUUCAAACGUAAGAAGUCCACCAGGUUCUAGUAAAGGUACAGCACUCAGGGCUCAGAUACCGAUUUUUCAGGAUGACGAGUGGUUUGGUUUCACCAGCCGUUACCCCCCCUUCCCUGAGCUACAGUGGGCUCAACACGACCGAACUGUUCGUCACCUACGGCUUCAACAGCUCCCAGAACCGGACGUUCUUCGCCAAUGACUCGGACGCUUACAACUCCACCAAUAGCACGGCCGGGCCCGAAGGUCCCGUGAGGCCGCGGCUACCAUUUGAGAAGUGGCAGGAAAUCAUCAUCGCUUGCAUCUUCAGCAUCAUCAUCCUGGGCACGGUGGUGGGCAACUCGCUUGUCUGCAUAUCUGUGGCCAUCGUCAAGAGGCUUCGUUCACCGUCCAACCUGCUGAUUGUGUCUCUGGCAGUAGCCGAUCUUUUCGUUGGGAUGCUGGUCAUGCCCCUGGCCAGCGUGUACGAACUGAACGGGGCGUGGGUCCUCGGGCCUAUCGUCUGUGACAUGUGGACUACCACGGACGUACUGCUUUGCACGUCCUCCAUUCUGAACCUCUGCGCCAUUAGCGUGGACAGAUACUUCGUCAUCACGCGUCCUUUUCAGUACGCCAUCAAACGCACGCCGCGGCGAAUGGGCUUGAUGAUCCUCAUUGUGUGGAGUCUGUCGGCCGUAGUUUCAAUUCCGCCAGUUUUCGGCUGGAAGAGCCCUCAUGUUCCUUACAAGUGUCAGAUCAGUGAAGACAUUGGAUACCAGAUCUAUGCAACCCUCUGUGCCUUUUAUCUGCCUCUCUCCGUGAUGAUACUUAUCUACUUCAAAAUCUGGAGAGUCUCCUCCAAAAUCGCGAAAGCCGAGGCCAAAACACAGAUAGGAAGUUUUGAAAAGGGGGCGGAGUUCCUGAACAGGCCCUCCCACGAUUCUGGUGAUAGCAACAUUUUGGCCAACGGCUGCGUGAGAGACGGCAACGGCAACGCGGAAGAAGAAAGCGCGCUGGAGAUACUGCCGAAAAGGACGGAACCUGACCGCAUGAGGAGACGGUUCACGAUCAAAUCUCUUCUCCCGAGGAACAAACUGAACAAUUCAAAGGAAACGAAAGCUACGAAGACUUUAGGAAUAAUUAUGGGCUGUUUCACGCUCUGCUGGCUUCCCUUCUUUAUCUUGGUGCUGGUCAACACCCUCUGCGGUCCUGUACUGUGCCCAGUGCCCGACCAGCUCAACGCCAUCUUUCUCUGGCUCGGAUACGUCAACUCUUUCCUGAACCCAAUCAUCUACGCGCGAUUCAACCGCGAGUUUAGGACUCCGUUCAAAGAGAUUCUUCUGUUCCGGUGCCGAGGGAUAAACACGCGCAUGCGCUCGGAGAGCUACGCGGAGCAGUAUGGGCCCAUGGCUUCCCACAGGGACAGCCUGAGGCCUCCGACUGACACUAUCGUCAAGUAUAACAGCCAAGGCCACACUGUUGUAGCGCUUAGGAAUGGAUCCGCCAAUGGAUCUAGGCACAGUGAAUCCAAGAUUUGAGCUUGGAUAGUGCUAGAGUACAGGACUUACGGAACAUUUGUAGCCAACUUGUGUUUGUUGAAGGGAUGGCAUCUACUUACUAUUUCAUCAACCUAUCCGUCAGUCCGCAUACUGCAAGGUCAAUUUUUGAUAACCUCUAGAUCAGAUUCUACUUACUAUAUGACCGUCCGCUGUAUGGCAGAGACUGUGAUGAUAAAGCUUUAUCCAUAUGGUCACAAACAAGUUAACGUUUAACCGCAUGCAACAGUAUGGUCAUUACAUGACCACAUAUGGUCAACUACCUGAACACUGACCUGGCCAACAGCUACUACAGCAAGAUCACCUUAACGAUAUUUCUCUUCUGAUCUCGAUAACUUCUGUACAGGGUUCCACACUGGACCACCUAGCUCGUCCCACCCACCCACCCCCUCACCCGCGCGCAAAUCACCUUCCAUCAAACCCUUUCUCUGACCCACUCCAUCAAACCCUCUUUCUAACCAGCUCCAUCAAACCAUUUCUCUGAACAACUCCGUCAAACCCUCUCUCUAACCAGCUCCAUCAAACCAUUUCUCUGACCCGCUCCAAUAAGAAUACAUGUACCCCAGCAAUGCCAAUAAAGCUGUGUUACCAUUAUUUCACUUUGUGAUAUAUAUAAUAUAUAUACAUAUUAAUGAAAAGAUAUUAUUUUCUACAAUUAAUUAACCACGUAUUCAUUAUUUUAAAGACAAUGUACAUAUAUUUAAUUCAUUAAGUGCUUUCGUGUUUGACUCACAGUCCUGUUUCAAGCUAACCAGUUAUCGUACGUUUUCAUCCUUGCAACGCGUGUGGCAUCGUCAUGUCUCCUCGGGCCCAUUCCAACAUUCUAAGAAUCAAGAGACAUAUAUUGUUACUAAAGAAGACAUUCAGUUAUUCUUGUUACUCUUUGUUUUAUAUUUUGAUAUUAUCCGCUUGAUAUCAACCAGUCUUUAGGCUAGAGAUUAAAUUAUAUUUUAUCUCCAAGUAGAUUUAUUAUUUCGGUUGUGAUUUUAUGUUUAUUAUAUUAUGUUGUUCAUUUUCUGUUUCAUGUUUAUAAUUUAUUCAGUGGUGAUAGUGAGAACUUAUCUGUCUAGUCAGUGUUACGAUACCAUUAGAGAAUGUUUCUCUUCUGUUUGUUUGUUAUCUUCUUCUCUUUUGUCUCUUUUUAUAUACGGCAGUAGCAAGCCACAAUUGUUAUAUCCCUUUGAUUUUAAUAGAUUCCACAAGGCCUUUGAAAUACAAACUCAAAGGCUUGAAGAUUUUUAGUAACGAUUACAAAGUGUGAAACUACAGUCCGAAGCAAUAAUACAUCAUGUUAAGACUAACUUUUAGUGACACAAACUUCAGCACCAUUGUGUAAUGAGAUGGUGUGUGAAUCUGUUCUCUGGGACGCUAAGUCCAACUUUCCAUUAAUUGUAGGGAAAUGACAGAACAAGAACUUAAGCCGAAGUCAUCAAGUACAACGAACGUCUUCCAAUCAAUAGUUUGCCUGGUCCUUUAUUCUUGGUGUCCCAAACUUGAGGUUUAAGAUUGCUGAAAGUCUCUUUUAGUUAGUCUUUUCAAACACGUCGGAACUUUUUUAUUCGUCUCGUGUGGGCUGCUGCCUGUUUCUAAGAGAAGUAACUUUGUUGGGUUUUUUUUUACAAAAAGGGAAGCAACUAAGAUCGUCAUACAGUUGUUCAAGUAUAAAAAAGAUAUCAAUUAAAUCAGUAAAAUCAUCAUUAAGCCUACACGAAAACAAAGUGGUAUAUCUAAAUCUAUUAGACAUUAAUAACGACAGUGAACAUAUAGAGAAGUCUUGUAGUUGUGUUGACCAGAGUACUAUUUUCUCGGCACCAGCGUGGCCCCCUCGAUGGGAAGGCCCAAAAAGAGUUGGAUAGGUGAAAGAGAAAUUGAAUAGGACACCUCCGCUAUGACAAUGUAUAUGAAGGAUACGGAAGAAUUCCUAUUGGGGGCCUGGCCGGGAAAGACUCGUCCCCUCACAACAAAUGGAUACGAUAAACAAUCCUUCUGUUUAUGGUGGGCCUCCGCCCAGAGUGGUCAGUGAAGAGCCCAUCUCUCACUUCUUUCCUCUGGUUUAAAUCCGUUCUCUUGGUCAAGAGGCAUAAAUGCCUUCCGCUUGACUCGACACUCUACAAAGGUCAAACAUCACGCUAGCUAACUUUCGCAGACUUAAGGUAAAUUGAACUUACCUGUUCCUGAGUUCCUUACAUAUCUCCUCCAGUUCUAUGCGCACAUCGAUGCCAUUGCGUCCUUUAUAAUUGACACAUUCAACAUUUCAAUAAAGAAAACAAACUGGGCGAUAAAAGGCCUUGUCUCCAAAGCAUCAAAUAUACAUUCGGUCAAACAAGUUUUUGAAAUCUACAUUUGAUUGAACAAGUCUCAUGUUGCCAUUUUUUUUUCUUUUAUUACAUACGCCACAGACAAAUCUCUUGAGGAUUGGACACAAUGGGAAAACAAUUGUGUUAGGAAUAUGUUUGAAAGAGUUCUUGAUAGAAAAAAGUCUGUUAGAUCGUGUUCUUAGUCUGUGAGGUCACGUUCUCAGUCUGUCAUUUUCUCGGUCUGUCAAGGCAUGUCUCUUCCAAGUCUAUCAGGUCAUGUUCCUUCCAAGUCAGUAAGGUCAUAUUCCAAGUUUGUUAUGUCCCAGUCUGUCAAGGCAUGUCUCUUCCAAGUAUGUCAAGCCAUGUUCCUUCCAAGUCAGUAUGGUCAUAUUCCAAGUUUGUUAUGUCCCAGUCUGUCAAGGCAAGUCUCUUCCAAGUAUGUCAGGUCAUGUUCCUUCCAAAUCUGUCAGGUCAUGUUCCUUCCAAGUGGGUAUGGUGCCAAGGUUUUGUUAUGUUCCCAGUCUCUCGUGUUAUUUUCCUUCCAAGUCUGUCAUUUCAUGUUCCUUCCAAGUCCAUCAAGUCAUAUUACUUCUAAGUUGAUAAGGUCAUGUUCAUGCCAAGUCUGUCAGGUCAUGUUCCUUCCAAGUCCAUCAAGUCAUAUUACUUCUAAGUUGAUAAGGUCAUGUUCAUUCCAAGUCUGUCAGGUCAUGUUCCUUCCAAGUCCAUCAAGUCAUAUUACUUCUAAGUUGAUAAGGUCAUGUUCAUUCCAAGUCUGUCAGGUCAUGUUCCUUCCAAGUCCAUCAAGUCAUAUUACUUCUAAGUUGAUAAGGUCAUGUUCAUUCCAAGUCUGUCAGGUCAUGUUCCUUCCAAGUCCAUCAAGUCAUAUUACUUCUAAGUUGAUAAGGUCAUGUUCAUGCCAAGUCUGUCAGGUCAUGUUCCUUCCAAGUCGGUACUGUCAUAUUCCUUCAAAGCUUAUCAACUCAUUUUCUUUCCAAGUCAGUAAGGUAAAGUUUCCAUUUAGGCCUACACAAAAUGCCUUGAUUCAAGCAAUGAUUUUGUUGAUUGUAGUUUUGUUUGUGUACUUGGCCGUUUAUCUUUUUUUAAUGGACCUAAGUUCAAGUUCAAUUUGUCAUUGAAUGGUUUGGUCUGGCUUAGAAUUUGUUGCUUUCUUCAAUGCGUACAUUUUUUCCCUUUUAUUUCUAACUCCCACUUCGCAACUCAGCCAAUCAGUGGGUCGGUUCGGGAAUCUCCAGAGAUGAAUAAUUGAAUAUGGUCUUGUUUGGGCUUAUAUAGUGGUUAACUGUUGAUUUGUUGUUUUAAAUUGACAUUGAACUUGAGAAUCGAGUGGAAACAACGGACUGGUUAGUGUGUAAUUUCGGCUGUACGUUAGUGUUGGUUUACAUCUGUGGGUCAGUGUGAUCUGAUAUAAUGUCCCUCUUACACCCCCCUGUCUCUCUCUCCCUCUCUCUCUCUGUGACUGCAUGUUUCUCUCUUCCUUUAAACUAGUUCUACAUGUCUCGCUUCCCAGGAAAUGCCAUCAGCAGACGAUAGCCAUCUUUAGCUUAUCUCAAUGCAACACGCCAUAGAGACUAUAUUCAACUCAAAUGCUUGACAUUUAUCUUGAUAAACAUUAUGUACAAGAACGGCCGCUAUUUCAUAGCAACUUAGUAGCGGCUUUCAAUUUAGUUCUCAGUUUUGAUAGGUUAUUGUUUGGCGUGGAUAUGCAGGGACGGUAAUUUCAAAAACAAGAUUUAUCUUCGAUACCUAAUAAUGCAUGAUGACAGCUUUACGAGUUUAAAUGAAACAGACCGUUAUAUUUUGUGUAGUCUGCCAUUGAUAAUAGAAGACGUGUCUGUUUUCUGGUAGUUGUGAUUUGAUCCCAGUUCUUUGGGUCUUUGUGUAUUCAAAGUGACAUAAGAACAAAACGAAGCCCUAACUAACUGUAACCCUUGCCGGGUCCCAAGUAACGUCUGUAUUUUAUAAGAUAAGAUAAAUGUCACUCCUACACAUGUACUCUACCUGGAGAACUAAACGGAAUUCGUUAUUUCAAAUCCUUGUAUUGCAAGCAAAUUGUUAGUGUCGUGUCAAUAGUGACUGAAGUAAAGUUGUUCACGGAACUGUUGGUUGCAAAUUAGUUGUUUAAGUGCUGUUCACACAAAAUUUGUUAAAGCGUUGUUUACACAAGUAUUGUUUACCUGUUCUUGUUUUCAUUGUCCUUAUUUGUUUUAGUUUAGACUUAAACACAAAAUCUAAGUUCUCACUAGCACGGCUUGUAGCGUAUCUUUUUUUUUUUAUUCAAUCCAUUUAUUUUUUCCUGUCCAGUCCAUUGUCAAAUAGAACUAUUUAAGUUUAUGGAAAGUUUAUUUUUUAUUUGUUUCUUUUAUUUACAGCUUUAAUAUUUAAACAUAUUCAAAGCGUACGAAUUGAAUCACUUCGCCAAAUGUUUAUAUAUAUGAAUGCAACAAACAAAUGGAACUGUCGACUGACGCAUAUUGAGCAAUAUUGGAUGUUUCUCUUACUUAUAACGUUUGAAUUAAAUUUUUUUUUUUGGUUCUAACAGUAUUAUUAACAUCAGACAAAUGUUGUUGUUUUUUUGGUAUUUUAAAAUUAACAAACGGAAAUGUGUUGGUUUGUGAUCGAACUCUUGUUUUCAAACUUUUCAACACCCUCAAAUGUUUUGUUGCUAUGGUGCAUGUGUAGUUACUCAUUGCAAGUGAUGAUCUGUUAGGUUUAAACCUGCUCAAUAUAUUGCCACGUGAUGUAUGCCACUUCUGUUCUGUGAUCAGCCCGGUGGGGCAAAUCGCUCGGACUUAAAAGGGUAGAUGAUUCAGAUGCCAACUAGGACCAUUAUUGCCCCGAUCUCAUCUCGCUCAUCAAUAGAACACCAACUGGAUGCGCAAUGUGGGGGAGAAAUAAUGGUUUGUUCCCUUGCUAGUGACUUUUUUUUUAAUCAGUCUGUGAUAUUUGUGAAAAGAUUUGUACAUAUUACAACCAGUGUAAAACUUGGAUUGGAUUAAAUAAUUGUCUUAAGAAAAUGACUAAAACAUUGACUUUUUAUUUAUUUUAGUUUUGAUGUCGAUACCAAAUACUACUCUGCUGAUAAUUUUUGAAGAAAUAUGAAAAUAUUUUGUGUCUAAUAUUUGAGAUAUCUGUGAACUACAAUACAAGUUAUGACUCGAUACAUGCUUGUAAUGAAUAUGAACUCGGCUGUGUGUUUAAACAACGCCUAAACACUUACACUUUAUAAAAUGUUUGCUAACGCUAACAAGGAGGGGGGACGUAGAACGUGAAAUAAAGACGUUCCCGACUAAUGUGAUGACAUGAUAGGCAACGUACAACAUUGACUACAUUAAGAGACGUACACUCAUCAGACUUAGAGAAUGGGACAAAUUAGCAAUCUCUUAAAAAUAGCAAGUUAAAAGUAGUCAUAGUUUCCCCUUUCAGACCUAACGAUCAAUGGGGCAAAUGAUGUUAAGGUCAUCUGUUUCUAUGGCCCACAGUUAAUGAGGUUGUCAUGUGGCCAGCACAACGACCAACCUCCAUUAGUCAGGUACCCAUUAGAGUUGUGUGGACUCAGGGGCGGCCUAAAAAUCCCGAAAUUCAAAAUCCCGGGGUAUCAUAUAAGUUAUCUGUUCGCCGUCUGCUGUAAUUUCGGCGGUAGCUUUCUUGUGUCUCGCGGCCUUUGCUCUCCUGCUGAUAUUUCUAUGGAUCUAGAUCUCACGUACUAUAACAGGAGACCAGAUAGAUCUAAACUUCCAAUUUUGGGGUUGCUAACAAACCGCAAGCUCUGCUUACUUCCAUUUACAACUUGUAGUAACAUUGUUUCGUAAAACUGAGACUAGAAAAAAGAAACGUUUUUAGAAUUUAAAAAAAUAUUGAUACAAUGACGUGAUACAAUUAUAGGAUAAAAUUUGUUAGCUUCUAAUUCUUCAUCACUUUCAAAUAUUUAUCUGUUUAAAAAAAAAAAGUUUCUUGUUUUCAAGUUUCGAUUCUCAGUCAUUCUAAAUAUAUAUUUUAUCUUCCUAAAAUAACUUAUGUAUCGUUCCGCCAACAUGAUUACAAUAAUAUUUUACCGUACGAUUCAUUUCUUAGUGGUCAGUGGUCUCGUUAGGUUCUGCAGUCUUUUGUGGUUGAAACUUAAAUACUCUUUUAUUUCUUCUUUUCCUGUUCAGAAUAUAGUUUGAAAUCGUCUCCAUAAUUAUGUCUUGUAACCCAAAUCUAGACACAUGCACAAGAGUUUGCCUUCUUUUUUUUUUUUUUUUAUUAACGCUGGAAACAUUAAGCAAUAAAUCUGUCUCAAAGUUCGCCGGAAAUAUUCACAUUAUAACGCCAAAUGUUUAUACAAAAUAUCACGUAUAUGAUUAACUAGAAUCUAAGUGACAGGUAUAUAGGCCUAGGUAUAUAAGGUAUACAGGUAUAUGCUGCAAACAUUAGUGGAUGUGAUCUAAUCACCACAAUCCUUCGUCUUCGGUUUUUCUAGUUUUUUUUCUUAAUCUAAAAACAAAUUCCAUUGCAGAUUACACACUUUUUUAUUAAAACUAACAAAAAAAAUAUUUUUUUUUGUCCUACGACUAUUUUCCUUUCUUCUUUUUCUUUGGUAUAGACUUUAUUUUUUAAAACACUUCUUAGGGAAUCUCACUAACUUUUUCUUUUGUCUCCAUUAGACAAGAAAUUUCUGUUAAAAAAAACAUGAACAUGUUUUUGUCUCUUAUUGGUUGAAGCUCUUUCAAGGACAAGGCAGAGAGAAAAAAAAUUCGAACGUCAUUUUUGAGAGCCAUAAUUUCAUUUGGAAUAUUUGUAGGUCACGAUUAGAAGAGCUUUGAAUUGAUUUUUGACAUCAGUUUCACUCAUGACUCCUAAAAUUGCUGGAACAUUCAGAUUUUGUUUUAAGGUCUCGUUUUAGCCAGCGUUAUUUGUUUAGACAUAUUUUCAAAUAUAUUUCAAUAGUUAAGAAGACGCCAGGAGAAAGUCAGUAUAGAGUCAAUGUAGAGUCUGAAUAGAGUCUAUAGAGUCAAUGUAGAGUCAGAAUAGAGUCGUCAGGGGGAGUGAUUAAUAAUAAUCAAUGGUGUGCGUCACCAGGGAUAUAUUAAACACUAGGCUAAAAGUGUGGUGUAAUGAAAUAUUUAUUAUUAGCUUUAUAGUGAAUUGGUAGCCAUACACAAUUUUCUAAUGCAGACAAAUGCCCUUACUGUCCAUGCAUUAAGACCAGAGUAGCCACAGUCACGUCAUCAUCUGGUGAUCAGCAUCACAGCAACCAUCGCUGUCCCCCACAUUAAGACCAGAGUACGCUCAUAGAUACACUAUCUUCUGGUGCUCGGCAGCACCCACUGUUCACCACUAUCUAGACAUUGACACCAUAGUAGGCAUACAGCCCCGCCAUCUUCUGGUGAUCAGCGGCAACCAGUGCUGACCACUGUCCAGACAUUAAGUUAGAGUAGACUCUUUAUCUUCUGGUGAUCAGCAGCACAACAGCCAGUUCUAACCGCUGACCACAUAUAAAUAAUUACGUCAAAGUUCACUAAUUUUAUCGAUCUGGUUUUACACUUUUAUUUUGAAUGGAUAUUUAGUUUUAAUCCCAUCUUUCUUUGUAUUUUUGAAUCACUCAUCUUCCAUCUAAGAUCCUUGCUGAGAGGGGGAAGUGAAUGGUUUUAGCUGGAGAAGCGAUUGUGUGACGGACUCAGUUUUCAUGGCCCUCAGAGCGAAAGCAAACAAAAACCAUUAGAUUUUUUUUUUUUUUACAUUUGUGGAGAAUUCACAUGGCAGUUUGAUCCCCUGAAGGCGUAUCGAUUUUAGCCUUAGAUUAGAAGUUCUUUUUUUUUUUUUACACGAGAAUUUUUUUAAAGACCGAAAACAAAAGAAGCGUCUAGAAACUCAGCUUCAGUAGUUGUUGUUUUUUAACCACUGAUGUCGCUUUAAAGAAUAGUCAUCUCUUUUUAAACUGUUGGCCAGAGAAAUCUCAAAAAGUGCUGCCAAUGAUUGCUGAAAGUAUUUACUCCAUCCAGGCAUUUUAGAUACUCUGCGUAAAAAAAGUUGUUUGGUAGCAUUGCUUCAUCUGUGAAACAGAACCGAACACUUUUAUUUCCGGUGAAUAGUUGUUUUAUUUUUUAUAUCGUACACUUCUUAAUGAACGAGUGUUCUGUUUGAGCCAGACUUUCUUUCACGUACCAUUCACUUACUGAACUAGUUUCUCUCUACUUCCAACAAUAGGCGAGUAUAACUAAGAAUGAGCAGCUGUUCUAAGCUUUACUAUAGAAAUAAUGUUAGGGUCCGUUCAUCUCUUGUUGCCCCAGACACAUCUCAAUGAAAGCACUGAUUCCCUUCAGGAACUUCUCUCGGAGAUUCCCUUCAGGAAAUUCUCUCGGUAAAGCUCUCAUGUAUUUAUCUCAAUGAUGCCUUCGAAAACUUAUCUCGAUGAUGCGACUUCUGUGGUGCCAUCAAGGUUUUCUUUCGGUAACACCCUCAUUUAUUUAUUUCGGCGAUGCCUUCAGUUGCUCUUCUCAGUGAUGCCUUCAGUUGCUUUUCUCAGAGAUUUCUCUCUAUGAUGCCCUCGGGGACUUAUCUCUGUGAUGCCAUCAAUGAUUUCUCUCGGUAACGGUGAGACCUUUGAAAACUUGUCUUAGUGAUGACCUCGGUUGCUUUUCUAAGAACUCUCGGUGAUGCCUUCGUGGACUUCUCUACCGGUAGUAGGAUAAUCUCAUAAUAUAACUUUACGGAAUAGAUAACUUUAUAUGAUAGCUUUUUAGUGUAUCAAAAGAAUAAUACUACAUAUUGAUUGUUCUCAUGUUGGUGGUGUAUAUGUACUCUAGCAAGUAAAAUGGUUUAUAAUUUAUAUUUUAUUUUAUAAAUAGCUUCUACAAAAACAAAUAUUUGAUCUUUUCAUUAAUGUAAUUCAUCUUGUAACAUGAGUUGAAAAUGUCCGCACUAUAAAUGUCUGAGGCAGUAAUGCAGAAAGUUUCUAAAGUGAAAUUGUUAUAUUUUUUUAAAGUAAAAGUAACAUUAGUUCCUUUUCAGACCUUGUGACCUACAGGGCAGAUGAUGUAAAGGUCAUCUGUUUCUAUGGCCUUAGGUUAACGAGUUAAAAGUAAUUAUUCACAAAUAUUCUUUGUUGGCCAGUCAUAUCUUUAAUUAUAGGAAUAUUAAAAUAUUGCAAGUACAAGGGUGUAAUGGGAAAGAUUCAUAUAUUUAGGUUACGACUGGCCAUUCCGCUGUGAUCUACUUCUUGCAUGAUACAAAAAUAGUUCCUGCUAACAAAAGGGAACAUUGUUGGCUUCCUUGACGUCCUUAUCAACUAUUUUCUUAACCAGUCUUACGUUUGAUCCUAUCAGACGUCAUCGCAUUACUGGGGGAACGUUUCCCAGGGAUAGAUCUAGGUCAAACUGUAUUGUCUGCCAGCGGUACGGUUUAUUGUGCAAAAGAAGCACACGCAAACAAACGAAAGUUACCGCUCACACAAACAAACGAAAGUAGCCGCUCACACAAACAAACACAAUUCGAGGCAGACACGAUUUACAGAUAAAGUGUGUUUGAAUGUUUGUUGAAAAUAACAAAACAAAAAAAGUUAUUUAUAGAUUUAUUUUACAAUUUACCUUAACCUCUGACUGUAAAUAUGUUAUAAUGAUUAGUUUUCUGGAAUGUGUGUACUCUGUUUCGGGUCAAAAUAUUGAUGACAUUUAUGUUUUUAUAUCAUGUAUAUAGACGAUGAUUUGUUAUACAUAAAAAUGUAUUCACAAAUACUUUGUGAUGUUUUUAACUAUCAUUUGAAAUGAUCAUUUUAUUUAUUUUUUUAUUUUAGUUCGUAUUAUGUACACACGAAGUGCGGGGACAAAGAUAGUACAUGUCCAGUUUCAUGCUCAUUGCUGGAAGGUUGUUACCAUGACAUCAACCCAUUGUUUUUGCCUGAUAUUAAUUUAUAUUUAUAUAUAGUACUGACCUAAGUUUGUAAAUACUUCUACAAUGCUAUGACAGUUUGAACAUGUUGCUUAACGAUUGACAUUGGAUAUUUGGUAUUAUAACAAAAUGAUACUACGUGUUUGUUUGUUUCAAUGAUCCCCCACACACACACACACACCCAUUACUAAAUCUCUGGUAUUAUUGUGUAAAUCUCAAGUUAUUCUUCAAUAUUUAUAUUAUACUGACUCAAUAUAUAAAACAAAGUCAGCCCUAUUGCCCUUUUCCAGGUUUAUCCCUCUCAACUAGCAAUAAGAACUGGACUUUGCAGACAGGUGGACUUUUCAAGACAGACGUACUUUGCAGACAGGUGGACUUUUCAAGACAGACGUACUUUGCAGACAGAUGGACUUUUCAAUACAGAUGGACUUUGCAGACAGAUGGACUUUUCAAGACAGAUUGACUUUGCAGACAGAUGGACUUUGCAGACAGAUGCUCACUCAAGUUAAACAAAUAUAUUUAUAUUUAUAUCUUAUAAUGUCAUUAUGUCUGUGGUUGUUUUGUUUCUAACGGCUUCUAUUAGUGACUGUAACUAGUGGUCUAGUAUCUAAUGUACAGAGAGUUUAUUACUAUUUCAAUUGGUCUGAAUUCAUAAUAAUGAUAAGCAUAAUAGCAACUGACUGUGUUAAUGUGAUACCAUUUGCAUUGUAGAAAACAUUUACACAAUUUCACAUCAGCGAAAAUCAACUUAUAGAUUUUAAAUUAUGACACACUAAAUAUUCCCCACAGAUGCAUUCACUAUUUACACCAGGCCCCCAUAUCCUUGCAUAUAAACUUAUAUAUUAACAAUAAAAUCCCAUGUUGAGCCCGACACAAGUUUAACUACGAAGAACUAGAGUCAUACAAUUAAUUUUAUACUAUUAUCACGUAGCAAUACAUACAAACUUGCAAGCCAUUAUUCAUUGUCUUUCGUUAUUACCUUUAAAAAAAUGUAUUUAUUUGAACAUAAAAUUAUCUUAUCUUUUAGUGCUAAAAGUGCUAAAUCCAUGCCCGUUAUAAAUGUAUAGGCUAGAGCCAGUUACCAACUUGUGCUUCUUUAGACAGAUACAUCGCUGACGUUAGAGACCAAACAGAAUAGAACAGACACAGCGUGUUCUCAGCCUAGAACAACCAUGUGUAUAUAGUGCAUUGAUGUUUGGAGGUGUUUUUUUUUAUUUAAGUUUGCCCUAAUUUUAAGACUAAUUAGAGAUGACAAGAGUUAAAUGUCUUAUUGUUCUCAACUAAAGUUUCAGGUGUCUUUUAAUAGGCUAAUGUUAACUUAUUAUUUAUCAAUGUCCAAAUCGUAUAACAAAACAUUGAACUUUGUAACCUGAACGACUUCAUUUACAUACAAGCUAAGGUAUAGAUCUACAUUAAAUAAAAAUGUAACAGGCUAAAUACACACAUGUGUUGAAGUCUAAAGAAAUUCAUUGUAAAAAAAAUGAAAUAAAAAUUAUUUUUUUUCUUAUUUCUUGCUAAGGAUAAAAGAUUAUUUUUUAAAAAUUGACAGAAGAAAAUAACACAAAAUCCCACCGCUGCCACUAAGUUAAUUAACGUUAUAACGAUCAAGUAAAAACACUUAGAGUUGGGAUGUAACUUUCAAUAACGGGAUAUGUUUAAUAGGGCGACAUAAAUUGGUUAACCAGCACAGUUAUGCACAAGGGACAUUUCUCAGAUAGACAAAGAAGCAUAGCUCUUCUAAUCCAUAUAUCAACAGACAUUGAAACAAAUAUUCCACUAGAUAAAUGUGUAAAUACACUGACAGGAUCUUCAUUCCUCCAACAUUCACUCUUAGCAUUUAUAUCUUAUUGAUAUCGAUACAUCUAGACAGUAUUUCCUCUUGAAACAUGCAAACUAGACUUACAAUUACUAACGACAAGCUCAUGGUGUCCACAAAUUGGCUUUUUGUUCAAAUUAAUAAUUAUAUUUUUGUUUACAUUUUAUUUUAUAGUGUGUCCAUUUUGUCAGCUUGUUUACAGUAAUUUAUUAAUUUUUGACAUUUGUGUUUGAAAUAAUUUAUCUAUUUUUUUUUUUUGUUCAAACGGUUUGUGAUCACUACAAAUUUAGUUCUGUUGUCAAUGUUUUAAUUGCCAAGUAAAUUGACUUGUACUUACUAUG